AUGGAGCGGCAUGGCAGCUCUCUUGGCCAACCGUACCGUUUAGUGGACCCUUUCCAGAUCGAACGCGAUGAACGCACACACCAAAAACCAACAUACAUCUCGAACGCGAUUCAUACAUCAAAAUACACCUUCCUCAAUUUCCUGCCGAUUUGUCUACUCCAAGAAUUUCGACGGUCAGCAAAUCUGUACUUCCUAGUGAUCGCUAUAUUGCAAUCGAUUAAGCAGAUUUCGCCUCUAACUCCAGUAACAGCAAUCGCGCCACUGGUGAUGGUGGUUAGUGUUAGUUUGCUACGGGAAGCGAUUGAAGAUAGGAAAAAGCGCUUGUCCGAUGGUUUUAUCAAUGCCAAACCGGUGCUUGUCUUGCGGAAUUUUGAGGAGCAGCAGAUCGUGUGGGAAUCAAUUCAGGUUGGUGAUCUCGUUCGAAUACAUGAGCGAGAAGCGUUCCCAGCGGAUGGAAUUAUUCUCGCUAGUAGUGAAGAGAACGGUUCAUGCUUUAUCGAUACCAGUAACUUGGAUGGGGAAGCGAACCUAAAAUCACGGUCAUCGCUACGCGUCACGUCCAAACUCGUAUUUGACAGAACCUCGCGUGACAAAGAGAAAUUCUUCAUCAAAUGCGAGCAACCAGACCAGGAUCUGUAUCGGUUCGCAGGAAAUCUUUCGGUUGAUUCAAAAAUGUACAGUCUCAGCGAGAAACAAUUCCUCCCACGAGGCUCAACACUUAUGAACACCAAGUGGGUCAUGAUGCUCGUAGUGUAUACAGGUCACGACACCAAAGUGAUGAAAAAUGCUCGAGCUGCGCAUCACAAGCUCAGUCAUUUGGACUUACAAAUGAGUCGUACUGUGGUCUUCGUCUUCUUCAUCCAAGUUCUUCUAUGUGCGAUCGCUGCGUGCGUCCACCACUUCCACUUCGAUUCGAGCGUAUUAAUUCACGUGGGCGACGAACAUUCCAAGUCACAGGAAUCCGUUCUGCUCUUCCUUUCGUUCAUCGUGUUAAUGAACACACUGAUCCCAAUCUCACUAGUGGUGACGGUCGAAAUCAUCAAAACGGUGCACGCCAAAUUCAUCACGUGGGAUAACAAAAUGCGCGAUAGUAACGGAGAAGGAGCGAUGGCGAACACUUCGUCUCUUACGGAUGAACUUGGUCAGGUCAAGUACAUUUUCACCGACAAAACAGGGACGUUGACUCAGAACCAAAUGGUUUUUCGCAAAUGUAGCGUUGGUGGGGGCGUCUACGUUGCCAAGCAGAAACGUUCGCUUCUUAGUGGGGUUUCUAUCUCUUCACUGGAUGCUUUAAACGCUGGAACAACGGGGACAAGCACUUAUCACAGCGAUGACUCCCAACCGAGCGAGUUGCCGCCGAUUUCGUAUUUUCGUCGCCUUUUGAGAAAUCUCGAGAGUCGAGAAAGUCACUUUGCAUUGGCAAUGUCGCUGUGCCACACUGUGGUGUGUGAAUAUGACCGAACGACUGGAGCUUUGUCGUACAAUUCGGAUUCUCCCGAUGAGUGCGCGUUGGUCCGAGGCGCAGAAGCUAUGGGUGUCAGAUUAUUCGAGCGUUGUGGGCAUAAACUUUACGUGGCAAUUACGGAAGAAGAUCGACAUGGAUCACACGUGAAAACAGUCACGUAUACUCUGACGUUUCAGAUUUUACGCGUGAUUCACUUCUCAAGCGACAGGAAGCGGAUGACGAUCAUUGUUCGGGAUGAAAAUGGAGGGAUUAAAGUCAUCUGUAAGGGCGCCGAUAGUGUCAUUUUAGAGCGUUGUGAUCACUAUUUGUCCAGUAAGGAGGAGACCAUGGCUCAUGCCACACAAUUUGCCGAGGAAGGAUAUCGGAUUUUACUGUUUGCUGAACGUGAUCUGGACGAGAAUUAUUACAGCUCGUGGGAGGAUCGAUACGAUGAAGCCGAACUUGAUAUUCAUUCCAAGGAAGCAAAGACAGAAGCUUUGGUGGACGAAAUUGAACGGCAUUUCACUCUGAUCGGAGCGAGCGCUGUGGAAGAUAAGCUACAAGUGGGUGUACCAGAGACUAUUUCUCUGUUUCAGAAGGCUGGAAUUAAGAUUUGGGUGUUGACGGGUGACAAGCUGGAAACCUCACUUGAAAUGGGCAAGCUUUGUCGAGUUGUUACCCCUAAAAUGCAAGAGGUGAUUAUUCAAGGCACCACUCGAUAUGAAAUGACUCAGCAGCUAGAAAAGGCUCUCCAGAACUCGAAGGAAAGCCAAGCGGUGCUUAUUGAUGGGAGUGCUUUGACAUUAGCACUACUCCCAGCAAACCGCAACAACUUCCUUAAAUUGGCACUACAGUCUGCAACCGUUAUUGUUUGCCGCGCAUCACCUAUUCAAAAGGCAUUAGUAGUGGAGCUCGUCAAAGCAGGCGUACCAGACGUUACUCUUGCAGUUGGUGACGGAGCAAAUGAUGUUAGUAUGAUCCGAGCGGCUCAUGUUGGCGUCGGGGUUAUGGGUCAAGAGGGGAUGCAAGCCGUUCGAAGUGCUGACUAUGCCGUGCAGCAGUUCAGUCAUUUAGGACGACUACUUCUUUAUCACGGUCGACUGUCGUAUCUCCGAACGACUCAAUGUAUCGACUAUUUUUUGUACAAGAACAUCGUUUUCACAGUGCCACAUUUUUUCUAUGGAAUCGCAUCAGCUUUUUCGGCUCAGACUUUCUUCUGUGACUUAUACAUCACAGCCUACAACGUCGUCUUCACGGCACUUCCGGUCACAAUUCGGGCGGUCAUGGAGACAGAUCUUUUGGAGGCUAUCGCGGCCAAAUUUCCCGAACUUUACCGCUUUGGAGCUACCAACAUGUUUUUCUCGCACCGUACAAUGGCAAAAUCCUCAUCACUAGCAGUUUGUCACGCUCUGAUCACCACUGCUGUGCCUUUGCUACUGGCUCAACACAGUAACCUUGGCGAAGGAGACUCGUUCUGGGCUGCAAGCGUGGCGUCGUUCUUCUAUAUCGUCCCGAUCGUUCACUUUCAGAUUUUCUUCGAAACGUGGAAUUGGACGUGGUUGAUUUGCCUCACGUACGCAUUAUCAUUGGGCGCGUUUUUCAUGUGCAUUGCCGUCUACGAUCACUUUGUUGGUGACGUCGAAGGUGUUUGGAGGACGGUGAUUGCUAGAAAAGGCUUCUGGCUUGGCUUCGCUCUGGCUUCGGUCGCCUGCAUUCUACCCGUUGUAGCCUACAAAUGCUAUGAAGAAAACUUCGAGACGUCCAAUCCCGUCCACAUUCUACGACGUACACGGCUGCACAAUAAGGUGUUGGAUUCGUCAGGAGUAGACACGUUGGGGUCCACUGAUCUCACCACCUCUGUCGUACCAAGUCCACAAGCCACUAGCAAUAAAAGACCCUAA